AGGAUUCUGAAAAACAGGUGAAGACCUGUGGCUCGCUUAAACCUCGGUUGAAAAGUGAGAAAUGUGAUGAAAAAUUGGGAAUAAUAAAGUUUGAUUGCAGUGCACACUCUGCAUAAGUAGGAGGGGGAUUUAUUUUUAAUCAAUUCCCGUUUGUAGCCUUUCACUUAUAAAUACUCAUUCACUUGACGUUACUUUGCAUGACUCAAACAAGUCCCCCUCUCCUCAGACUACCUGUUGUGGGCUGGCUCAGCCUUGAGUCGGGAUCUCCCCCGGAUCAGGGGAAACUUUUUGUACCUCCCCCUCAGCCUGCCUGCCUGGUCCCGGCAGAUCCUACAUAGUCAAAGGUUCUCACUUCCAGCGCACGGAGGACCUGCAGCCGGCUUCUCUCCAGGCCAUCACUCCGCAUGACGAGGUAACGCAGACCGGAGUCCACAGACUGCUUCAGUCCAUAAACCGUCUGAAGUGUCUGCAGCUCUUUGUUCGCCUGCUCCAGUGUGAUCCAUGGAUGUUGUGAGUAAUGGUCCGACACAAGGGCAGAAUGUGCCAGAAUCCUUGAAGACAAACUGAAGGCCUUGGAUGGUACCUGAUCUUCAUUGAUUCUUAGACGCACACCUGGGGCCAUGGCUGGUGUUAAAAGUGCAGAAGUAACACUAGUGAGGAUUACAUGUCUCUUCAUCUGCUUGAGUGUGUGCUUGUGUCAGCGUGACUGCACAGGUGCCGACUGUCCCCAGCUGGACAACUGUAUUGAAGAAGUCCUGGAGAGUGGAGCCUGUUGUGCUUCAUGCCUGCAAAAAGGAUGCACAUGUGAGGGGUACCAAUAUUAUGACUGCAUCAAUGCUGGAUUCAAGAAUGGCAAGGUGCCAGAGGGGGACUCUUACUUUGUUGACUAUGGCAGCACAGAGUGCGCCUGCCCCGCAGGAGGAGGCCGGAUCAGCUGCAGCUUCAUCAGCUGUCCUGAAUUGCCGGCAAACUGCAUCGAUGUUCUGGAGCCUGCCGAUGGUUGCACGCAGUGCGAACGUGUUGGCUGCAUCCAUGAGGGCCAAAAGUAUGAGGCUAGACACUCCUUUCAUAUUGACCCUUGCCAGGUCUGCUAUUGUCCCGAUGACGGGGGCAAGCUAAUGUGUUUCCCUGGGCAAGAUUGUGACCCACAAAAAGUCCAAAAAGCAAUGCUGCCUGCAUCAAGAGAAGAGGGCACCGCCGACAAGCACAACAGCCCCCCCUUCGGUUUAGACCAGCGAGGGCACAUGGACCAAACCUCCAUUCCUCAUCACUUGAAUGGGACUCUUCCUCUCUUUAAAGACUUGCCUCUGUAUAAAGAGGAGCCAGAGGAGUAUGAUUAUGGCCCUAUAGAAUCUCCAGAGAACUACCAUCAAUCUCUGGUCUUCUCCACGCAGCCCCCCUCCUCCAACAAGGUCCUCUCUCUGUUCAAAGGCUCUGACAGACUUGACAGAACCGCAGGCCUUCAGGGCUUUGACAGACAAAGCAAGCUGGAGCUGAGAGAGCAGUAUGGAGUUCAUGACCAUCCUGAGGACAGAGAGGAAGUGACAGAAAGUCCCCUGAGAGUAGACCUGAGCACUGUCACACCUCAUAUGCACAUGGACGCCACAACUUCUUGGCAGCUAUCACAGAGCCUAGAGAGUGUGCAAAGUGAUCUAACUGCACAGACAGAUGUAGAAAAUCCUCUGCAUGGACUUAAAAGUUUAGAUAGUGUCGUAUUUCGACCAAACCUAGGAUUAAGGAGUGAAAGACACCCAGGACAUGAAGAGAGAGCAGCUCAUCAUCAGAGUAUCCCCGAGACUAAUCAUCCAGUGAGAGGAACAGCAAGUCAAACCACUCAGCAAAGACCAUCAGAUAAAGGGAAUGUUCCACCUCACAUGCUUCAAAGCCCAGAGAGCCAGGUCCAUCCCCAAACAAGCACAAAUGUUCCAACAGAAUCACAGAGGACACCACACAGAGAGGAAGGGGAGGAUGAAGAGGUAGAUGAAGUAGUAACAUUUCAUAGUGUCGCUGGGUCUGAAGGAAAAGAUUUGCCAUACAAGCUUCUUCCACCUCAACAGGAGAGAAACAACGAGGGGCCAGAGAGCAGCCAUCCAACCAGCAGCUACGAAAAGACAACACCUGAGCCCAGCACCAGCUCUCCCAGGAAGACCGAGUACCUGACAACUCCCAUGGUGCAUUUCAUUACCACCACCACCCAGCAGCCACAAAGGUUCAAGCUAGACGAGAAUGAGCCCAGCAGACAGCCAGGUCAAAGGACGUUUAACCUUCACAGUGAAGAGGAGGAGAAGGGGACGGAGAGGGACCAAGAGAGGAAAGAUCAUCCGCUUGUGCUCAUCAAACCUGAUGGAGGUCCAGGUGUCUCUACUGAAGACCUGCUGCAGAGCUGCUGUGCUGCAGGCCAGACAUGGGCCACAGAAAAUCACCACUGCAACAACAUCCCAACUCUGAACAGUGACAGGCUCUCUCUGUGCAGUGUUGCAGAGAAGCAGUGCUGCCUCAGCUCUGUGAGGGAGAGCCAGUGUGAGUCAGGUAUGAUGUCAGCCAGAGGAGGUGACAUAUGUAAAGUGAAUGAGGAGGACCGGUGCACAGAUGACUCCUAUCAGGUGUGCUGCAGCUGCUGUGCCCUCGGCUUACGGGUUCGCAGUGAAGGGCGAGGCUGUGAUGCCAACCACUACCUGGGUUACCCGUGCGGUCACGUCUUCCUCACCUGCUGCGAGGAAGGGGAGAGUCCACGCCAGAUCCCACUUAGGAGAAAGCAGAUGCCCAGACCAACUGCUAUGCCGAGACAAGUCACAGACAGCAAGUUCCCCAAGGAAGCGUUCUCCAUCAGUUCCACAGAUGAAGCUGCCAACACGGUGGAAGAGCAGGAGGAUGUGGAUGAGUGUCAGCUCUUCGCAGGCCAGCUGUGCCAGCACAAAUGCACCAACAUCUGGGGCUCCUAUCGCUGUGACUGUCACCAGGGCUACAUCCUGCAGGAGGACGGACACUCCUGUGCUCCAGUGAGUCCUGACGAGGACAACAGAGUCAGAGAGGAGCCGGCUGUAGUCCCAACACAAACUACGACUACGACAAGUACAACCACCACCACCAGACCACCACCUGUCCACGUUAAUCCUUGUGCAGAAAAUGGUCCUUGCAGUCAGCAGUGUACGGUGGCUGCAGGCCGGGCUCGCUGCUCCUGUUUCCCAGGCUUUUCUCUGAUGAUGGAUGGACGCAUGUGUGAAGAUGUGGACGAGUGUGCGACCAACACCCACAGCUGUCGCCCCAGCGAGCAGUGCUUGAACACUGUGGGUUCAUUUGUAUGCGAGCGGCAGGUCACUUGUCCUGCAGGAUACCAGCGGAGGAACAGCGUCUGUGAGGACAUUGAUGAAUGUGUCCUGCGCACACAUAACUGUGGGAUGGGCUUCGUGUGUAAGAACACCAUGGGCUCCUUCCUUUGUAACCCCAAGCAAAAGUGUAUGAGUGGCUUCACACAGGACUCCCAUGGCAACUGUAUUGACAUAAACGAGUGCAGCAGUCUGAGUGAGCCGUGCAGCUCUGGUACUAACUGUAUCAACACAGUGGGCUCUUACACCUGCCAGCAGAAGAUCAUAAAGUGCAGCCCCGGCUACCACGCCAGCCCCGAUGGAGCCAAGUGUGUUGACAUUGAUGAGUGUCAGAUGGGGACGCACCGCUGUGGAGUGGGCCAGAUCUGUCACAACCUCCCUGGCAGCCACCGCUGUGACUGUCAGACGGGCUACCAGUAUGACGCACUCCGCAAGGCCUGCUCCGAUGUAAAUGAGUGCUGGCGCUACCCUGGCAGGCUGUGUGCCCAGACCUGUGAAAACACCCCGGGCUCCUACCACUGCUCAUGCACAGCCGGCUUCUCUCUGGCAUUUGAUGGCAAGAACUGUGAAGAUGUUAAUGAAUGUGACAAAAACCCCUGCAGCCAGGAAUGUGCCAACAUCUACGGCUCAUAUCAGUGUUACUGUCGCCAAGGCUACUUCCUGAAAGAGGACGGACACACCUGUGAAGAUAUUGACGAGUGCUCCCAGAGCAUUGGAAACCUUUGUGCCUUCCAGUGUGUGAAUAUUGCUGGCAGCUACAAAUGUGCCUGUCCUCCUCACGGAUACAGCAUGUCAGCCAACGGACACACCUGCAGAGACAUUGACGAAUGCACAACUGGCACCCACAACUGCUCACACACACAGACCUGCUAUAACCUGCAGGGAGGCUUCAGAUGUCUCUCCUUCAACUGUCCUCACAACUACAAGAAGGUGUCAGACAUACGCUGUGAGCGGUCCAGCUGUCCUGCUAACUCUCUGGAUUGUCAGAAUUCACCUGUCCGCAUCACGUACUACCAGCUCAGCUUCCAGACCAACAUCAUCACCCCGGCUCAGAUCUUCAGGAUCGGACCGUCUCCUGCCUACUCUGGAGAUCAAAUUGUCAUCAGCAUCAUUAAGGGCAACGAGGAGGGCUACUUCAGCACCAGGAAGCUCAACAGCUUCACGGGUGCCGUCUACUUGCAGAGACAAGUUAAGAAGCCCAAAGACUUCCUGAUUGAUGUGGAGAUGAAGCUGCUGAGGCAAGGGUCCUUCACCUCGUUUCUGGCCAGGAUUUAUGUCUUCAUCACAUCCAGCGCCGUGUAACACCAGAGAGAAACACAAAGUGAAAUGGACUGGAAAUUUCAUAUGGUGCUAAAUGUUUAUAUGUGCAGACUCUUUUAUUUGCCUCCAGACAAUCGUGCUUUGUUCAAGAAUCUUGAAAUGUUGCCAAAGAGCUUGUCGUGUUUUUGUCUUUGGUUGUUUGACUUUCAAUCACAUUUCUAGAGAAACCUUGUAUUUGUAUUUACCAAAGUGUUUUUCAUUUUGACUCUCAAUAAUGCAAUAUAGCUUUUGUGUACCACCAUUAUAAAGGUCUACUCGAGUUAUUGGCUCAUACUGAAGGUAGCGAGGUGCUGCACGGGUCACUGUGCUGGUUGGGAUCACAAGUCGGUGCUCUAUUUUCUUUAAUAUUGCUCUUUGAAUUGUCCGUGAGGAGUUUUUACCUGGCUAUGAAACAGACAGAAGAAAACAUUGAUGCCUUUUUAUGACCUACAAAAACAAACAUGACCAUCAGAAGAAAAAAGUUUAAUGCCUGUAACCAGAAGCUUUAAAAGUUAGAGGUGGGUGUCAGAGAAGGUGUCAGACUGGAAGAUUCAGAAGAGGCUGAAAAAAAAUCUCUCCAUUCACAGAGAGAAAUACUCUGGCACCCUGCUUUGAGAAGCAGGGUGUUUCUUUAGUCAGAAAACACCACCUACUGGACAGAAUCUGCAGAGAGAUGAAAGGCAUCACUUUGAACACAGGAGACAGCACAAACAGGAAGCUCCUCACAGGUGCUUUAACCUCCAAUGUCACUUUGGAUUUUUGUGAGUUAUUCAGGAGAGUCUGAAGAGCUGAAUUAAUCUUUGCAGCACCAGUAGUUAUGGGCACUUGUCACCUGUGGAGGUGCAAAACUGACAAAUGUACUGAAAGUGUUAAUUCAUAACUGAAUAUCUCAUUAUGCAAUUAAACUAGAGUGUAUUUAAAAUAUUAAAA